AUGAGGUGGUGGUUGACACGAGCGGCAUGGGUAUUUGUGCUCUUGUUAGCAGGUGCAGCGGGUAGGCUACGCAAGAUCGAGGAAAAUGAUGGCGACCAUGAGGAACGCGAUCUUCGGACUUUUAUUUCUGCUGGCUUUGUAGACCAAGCUGAUCGAGAGGGCGCUGGAGGUGGUGGUGGUGGUGGUGGCGGUGGCGGUAGCAGUCUGACGAUCCCCACGUCCUUUGGAUCGGUCCGAUACGUGGGAAACAAUGGAAUCUUCUAUUCUCGGUAUCCCCUACUGGUGUGUGAAGGAGAUUGUGACAGUGACGACGACUGCUCUGAAGGAUUGUAUUGCUUUGCGAGAGACUCCAAUGAAGAAGUGCCAUUCUGCGAUGGUGGUGACAAGGCAGUCAUCGGCUAUGAUGUCUGCGCAUGGAAUACCAGCUACCCUGAACCACCGCCACUCCCAAGGCUUCCUUUUGGUGCUUUUCACAUCAAAUUGUACUGGGAGGAAGGAUACUACUGGCAGAAUGAAACUUUGGACAGAGAGUGGUGUAUGGUUUCAAAUUAUGAUGGCUAUCCAGGGAGCGGAGUUUGUUGGUACGGCUUGGAGGAACGUAACUGUACAUCCACCCAACUUUAUAUUGGGAAAUGCUUGAGUGGAGACGAACGGCAAUGGUUCUUCUUUGACGAUUUGGGAAGCGCAUACAGUGGAAGCCAAGAUCAUCGAGAGGUGCUCAUCAAAACGCUCGACCACCACUGCCUGUACAGACGUGCCAGUGCUAUUUAUGUAACUACCGAAUGCGACCCAAACGAUCCCACCCAGCGAUUCUUUGCCCUGAGUGGUAGCUUUACUCCCAGUUCCGAUCCUACAGAACCUAGCAGAUUUGAAAUCGGACAGUAUCUAGGGUACACGCUGGACAAUUGUCUGACGAACGCUCAUCAUCCCAAAAGUGGUGAGGUGGUGGAAUUCCACGUCUGCGAAGCUGCCAGAGCCCAUGAUGACCAAACAAGUUAUUGGGAGUUGCUGCGGUUUCCUGGCUUUACAGGCUCACUAUCCAAUGUAGCCCGGAGAUCUGGCAACACUGCCGGAAGUGGUGCCAUAAGCAGCAACAAAGACAACAAGAAGGAUGUGCCCUGA